GUCACAUGGUCCCCACGUUUUAAUCUCUAUAAAACGAGUUCCCUCCUAAGUCAUACACUACACAACAUUCAAAAUACCCUCCUUAAAAGGCAACCUUAUUAUUUGUUAUUCCCUCCACCCAACCCAACUAUGGCGGCUUCAAUUUAUCAACAUGCUGCUACGGCCCCUAUUUCUGCUUUCUUCAUUCUAUUCUUAUUCCAAUUCCUAACAGGUUCGUAUUCAGCAACAUUCACAAUAGUAAACAAGUGCAGUUACACUGUUUGGCCAGGCAUUUUAUCCGGCGCCGGAACCGCUCCUCUCUCCACCACCGGCUUCGCCCUCCAGCCUGGAGAGUCCAACGCCGUCGCCGUCCCCGCUGCCUGGUCCGGUCGUCUCUGGGGCCGCACCCUCUGCACUCAAAACACCACCACCGGAAAAUUCACCUGCGUCACGGGCGACUGCGGCUCCUCCACCAUGGAAUGCUCCGGCGGUGGAGCGGCCCCUCCCGCCACCCUGGCGGAGUUCACACUGAACGGCGCCGGCGGGCUGGACUUCUUCGACGUGAGUCUGGUGGACGGGUACAAUCUGCCGAUGAUAAUCGAGCCUCAGGGCGGAAGCGGCGGCGGAAACUGCUCUGCGACGGGGUGCGUGGUGGACUUGAACAGUGCAUGUCCGACGGAACUGAAGGUGAUGAGUAGCAGUAGCGGAGGUGAGGAGAGCGUGGCGUGUAAAAGCGCGUGUGAAGCAUUUGGGGAUCCUUCAUAUUGUUGCAGCGGAGCAUUCGGGAGCCCUGACACAUGCAAGCCAAGCUCGUACUCGCAAUUCUUCAAGAGCGCGUGCCCACGCGCCUAUAGCUACGCCUACGAUGACGGCUCAAGCACCUUCACAUGUGCCUCUUCUGAUUACCUUAUCACUUUCUGUCCUUCCCCCUCCACUAGUUCGAUCAAAUCGGGGAAUGGGAAAUAUCCCGUGGCGGUGCAAGUGUCGGGAUCUCAUCGUCUGGACAACAACGACGUCGUAUUCAACAUGAUUAUUGCCAUCUCUGUCUUGAUUGGGUUUUGGCGUUUCUGCCAACUCAAUUAGUCACAACCCUCUAUACCUUAUUAAUUAUAUGAUUAGAGUGCCUUCAACUUGAGUCCUCUAUAUCUAGGAGAAGGGUAUCAACUAGCAAGCAUCAAGUUGGUGCUCAAAAUUCAAGAUACAAUCAGCACUACCUGACCAAGGAUUUCAACUUGAGUCUUGAGGACCUUAAUUAUUAUUAUAUUAAUUGGUUCAACCGCACAUACAAGACAAAGAAUUUAGGCAUCAAUUGUUACAUCAUCUUGGCCAUUCAUCAUGUCUUGUCUUCUAUCUACGGCAUCGAGUCACUCAAACAGGAAUACACACUUUAGGAAUUUUUAUCUUCCUU